CCUCUAAAUUCAAAAUGGCAGAAUUAAUGUUAACGGAGGAAGAUUUAGUACAAAAACAUAAAAAAGAACGGAAAGAACUACAAGCACAAAUACAAAACUUAAAGAAGUCAAUAUGUAAGGGUGAUAAAAAGAAAAAGAAAGAAGUUACUGAGGAAGUCAGUCAUUUGGAAGAUGUUUUAGAAAAAAAGCAUGAAGAAGAAUUAGCUAGGUGGCAAGUUGCACAACUUAAUAUUAAUAACACAGAAGAUGAAAACAUAGAAAAUAACAGUAAUAUAGAAACAGAUGACAAGCAGAAUGAGCAACCAAUGCACAGAAUUUCAAAAGCACAGAAAAGAAGAGAUAAAAAGGCAAAUGCAGAAAGAGAACGUAAUCAAAGAAUAGUAGAGCAAGAAGCGUUAAAUGUGUUUGGUAAAAGAAAUGUAGAAUUACAAACCAUAAAGAAAAUUCUUCAGGAACGUGAUCUAAUGAUUUAUGAAAUUCCAAGUGAUGGCCAUUGUUUGUAUAAUGCAAUUACACAUCAGCUGAAAGUAGUAGAAAAGGCCCCAUUGAGUUUUAAUGAACUGAGAUCAAAAACUGCUACAUAUUUGAGGGAACAUAUGAAUGAAUUUUUACCAUUCAUUUCUAAUCCAGAUUCUGAUGAUCUUCUUUCACCAGAACAGUAUGAGAAGUAUUGUAAUGAUGUGGCUGAUACAAGUGUUUGGGGUGGUGCAAUUGAACUGCAAGUUCUUUCACAUGUAUUGAAAUGCCCGAUUGAAGUAAUUCAGGCAUCAGGUACACCGUAUAUUGUUGGCAAUGAUUAUAGCAAGGGAAAAAAGAUGAUAUUAACUUAUCAUCGUCAUAUGUAUGAGCUAGGUGCCCAUUAUAAUUCUGUUACAAAAUAUGUUCAAGAAGAAGAAAGCUGAUGAAGAUAAAUAUUUUUCUCUGCUACACUCUGUAAUGAGGAAAUUGAGUAUGUAAUUUCUUACUACAUUUUACUAAGAUAAAAUGUAUGAACCAUUCAACGUGCUGCCACAAUUCAAGUGUCCAGGAAACAUAUCAGUCUUAAAUUUUUGUUUCACCGUUUCUCUGGUAACUCAAAUACUA